AGCCUCUGGGUUACGGCGAACCAGUGUGCCGGCGCCUCGGCCGCUUGCGUUCAGGCUAUCAACCAACUCAACACAAGACUCAAUACAAGACUUGGAGAUAGUGGAUAUGUUCCCAAUCACUGCUACAGCCUGGCCAUCAACAGCAACCUUGCCCAGCUACAUGUCUCGUGGAGAGUCGAGGAGGAUGGCAAGCAGGUUUUCUAUAUCCAGCGGGUGGCCUCUUUCUCGCUGUGCAGUGCGAAGCACUUUGUACGCCUUCACCAGUGGAUGAUGGCCAUUCUCGAUUGGGGAAGAGGACAGCGCCUGAGGGACAUCUAG